CAGCAUUAGCUGAUGAUUCAGUUUGUAGCCAGAAAGCUGAUGAUUGGUAUAUAAGGAAAGAUGACAAAUGUUUCUACCACUGUGAUAAGAACAAGGGAUACAAAAAAUGUUGCGCCCCUGGAACAUGUGUGAAAUAUGGGUUCAUUGAGGGCUUAAGUGAGAACCCAUGUGACCAUUGCUCUGGCAGAUCCCCUCCAACAGAACCUCCCCUACCCCCACCAGACUGUAGUGAUAAGGCAGAGGGCUGGUUUAUCAAGACAGGACACUUCACAUUCCUGCAUUGUUCCCAUGGAAAUGGCUACCAUAAAUAUUGUGCUGAAGGCUCUUGUGUCGUAAAAGGAUUCCGUCAAGGCCUGGAUAACCCAUGUGGCCAUUGUGACACCCCAGAACCAACACCUCCCCCGCCUCCAUCAUGCGAUGGCAAAGACACUGGACUUUUCAUCAAGAUUGAUUCCUUUAAAUACCUACAAUGUGCCAAUGGAAUUGGAUUUGAAAAAACAUGUGCUCCUGGAAGUUGUGUGAAAGCAGGCUUUACUGAAGGAUUUGGCAAUCCCUGUGGAUUUUGUGUCCGUUCAGCCUCAGAUCAAUCAGUGUGCAGCGGAAAGGCUGAUGAUUACUACAUCAAGAAAGAUGACAAAUGUUUUUAUCAUUGUGAUAAGGAAAUUGGAUUCAAGAAAUGCUGUGCACCUGGAACAUGUGUGAAGCCAGGUUUUAAGGAGGGCUUGAGUGAAAACCCAUGUGAUCAUUGUGCACAACAACCAUCAGUGUGCACUGGGAAGGCUGAUAACUUGUACAUCAAGAAAGAUGAGAAAUGUUUCUACCAUUGCGAUAAGGGUGUGAGCUUUGAGAAAUGUUGUGCCCCUGGUACAUGUGUGAAAUCAGGCUUUAAUGAGGGAUUUGACAAUCCAUGUGAUCAUUGUGCACAACCACCAUCAGUGUGCACUGGGAAGGCUGAUAACUUGUACAUCAAGAAAGAUGAGAAAUGUUUCUACCAUUGCGAUAAGGGUGUGAGCUUUGAGAAAUGUUGUGCCCCUGGUAC